CACAAUAAACUAUCUAUUUUCCAACUUCAAUAUUCACUGUUGUUGAGUAUUCUAAUUCUAAUGAGGAACAGGGGUGUGUGGGAAGAUGCAAGCACAGCAACAGUGCUUGUACUUGUGCUAUGUUCAUCGUAUGGAAUUGCAGAAGUAAAGUCACAGUCACAGAAGGUAUCUGGUUUGUUUGUUUUUGGAGAUUCAUUGGUUGAAGUAGGCAACAAUAACUUCCUAAACACCAUAGCAAGGGCAAAUUACUUUCCUUACGGCAUCGACUUCGGCAGGGGUUCCACUGGCCGAUUUUCUAAUGGCAAAUCCCUCAUUGACUUCAUUGGAGACUUGCUGGGCAUUCCUUCUCCUCCACCUUUUGCAGAUCCCUCCACUGUUGGAACCAGAAUACUUUAUGGUGUCAAUUAUGCAUCAGCUUCUGCCGGCAUUCUGGAUGAGUCAGGGAGACACUAUGGUGAUCGGUAUAGCCUGAGCCAGCAAGUCCUGAACUUUGAGAACACACUGAAUCAGUAUAGGACAAUGAUGAAUGGAAGUGCAUUGAAUCAGUUCUUAGCCAAGUCUAUAGCAGUUGUGGUAACUGGAAGCAAUGACUACAUCAACAACUACCUCCUGCCUGGCUUAUAUGGCUCCAGUCGAAAUUAUACUGCCCAAGACUUUGGCAAUCUACUUGUUAAUAGCUAUGUGCGACAAAUUUUGGCACUACAUAGCGUAGGAUUAAGGAAGUUCUUCCUAGCAGGAAUUGGGCCACUGGGUUGCAUCCCUAGUCUUCGAGCCGCUGCUUUAGCCCCAACAGGAAGAUGCGUGGACUUGGUUAAUCAGAUGGUUGGAACUUUUAAUGAAGGGCUUAGAUCAAUGGUGGACCAACUCAACAGAAACCAUCCUAAUGCUAUCUUUGUAUACGGUAACACUUACCGUGUCUUUGGUGAUAUCCUAAAUAACCCCGCGGCCUUCGCGUUUAAUGUUGUGGAUAGAGCAUGUUGUGGAAUAGGAAGGAACCGAGGUCAACUAACAUGCCUCCCAUUACAAUUUCCAUGCACAAGCAGAAACCAGUAUGUGUUUUGGGAUGCCUUCCACCCAACAGAAUCUGCAACUUAUGUCUUCGCAUGGAGAGUUGUUAAUGGAGCGCCCGAUGAUAGUUAUCCAAUUAAUAUGCAACAAAUGGCUACCAUUUAAUCCACUCUAUCUUCCUGUAUUCUCCUUUCAUUUAUAAACCAAAAAAGUGUACCAAAAGUGAAGCCAAAUUCUACAUCUAUUGUUGGGUAUAAAAUAAUUACUUUUGGGCUAUUUCAUAUAAUUAUUCUACAUCUUUGAAAUGUAAUACCUUUUUUUGGGUGAUAA